AUGGAACAGCGUGUCAUGAUGUGUUUAGCUACAAGAUUUGACGUUUGGUUGGUGUUAGAUAGGACCAUAACAGUAGGGAGUGCGUGUUUACAUUGUGAUAGUAUGUUACAAGCUGCAACGGUGUAUCCAGAAAGAGCCAACUCAAGUAACAUUGAUGCAAGAACAUCAAAUAAAUGUCCGGUUGAGGACUCCUCAGUAGGUGUUGAUCCAGAUAUUAGUAAAAAAGAAGCAUUUUGGAAACCUCUUGAGAAAGAUCUAUACUUGAAGGGACUCCAGAUAUAUGGUAGAAACAGUUGUCUCAUAACAAAAAACCUACUUCCUGGACUGAAAACUUGCACCCAAGUAUACAGCUACAUGUGUGAUGGAGGCAACGAUAUGAGAAGCGGUGUAGAUCAUAAGGGUCAAGAAAUGGCAUCAAGAUUGCAAUUACUUGGUCGUAAGGGUAAAGCAAAGAAAAUAAAGUAUUCUUUGAAGUCGUCUGGACAUCCACCAAAAUGGAGACGAAUUGCUUAUGAAAAGAACCGAUCAAAAAAGCAGUAUACUCCAUGUGAAUGCAAGUCCAUGUGUGGAAAGGAAUGUCCUUGCGGAAAAAAUUCUACUUGUGAAAAGUAUUGCGGGUGCUCAAAAAUGUGCAAAAACCGGUUUAAGGGAUGCCACUGUACAAAGAGUCGGUGUAGAAGCCUAAAAUGCCCAUGCUAUGUUGCUUCACGUGAAUGCGACCCAGAUAUUUGCCGAAAUUGUUGGGUGAGUUGUGGUGGUGGGUCAUUAGGUGAGCCCUCAGCCCCUAGAAAAGGAGAAGGUCGGUGUGGUAACAUGAGGAUCCUUCUAAGGCAGCAGCAAAGGAUCCUUUUGGGUAAAUCUGAUGUUGCUGGUUGGGGUGUAUUUCUAAAGAACUCUGUCCGCAAAGAUGAGUAUCUUGGAGAGUAUACGGGUGAACUCAUCUCGCAUCAAGAAGCAGAUGUCCGAGGGAGUUUAUAUGAUCGUAUAAACUCAUCUUUCCUUUUCAAUUUGAAUGCUGAGUAUGUGAUUGAUGCCAUGAGAAAAGGAAACAAACUGAAAUUUGCCAACCACUCAUCAAAGCCUAACUGUUAUGCGAAGAUAAUAAAGGUGGGAGGUGAUCAUCGUGUUGGCAUAUUUGCCAAAGAGCAUAUUGAAGCUGGAACAGAGCUCUACUAUGAUUACUGUUAUGAGCCUCAGCAUUCACCACCAUGGGCUCUCAAACCCCCUCGACCAAAGAAGCACCAAUCUCAUCUAUAA